AUCAGCGCGCGGCUGGGUGAGCAUUAGGACGGGCAGCAGCGGAGCGGAGGGGCUGAUUGCUGCUGAUUGCUGCUCCAACCUCUGAGCAAACCGUUGAUGGACUUUCCCUCCGAACCCACAACCUCUACUCACAGUUUAAUGGGCUUUAUGGUCCCGGAGCGGCGGGAAAAGUUCUGACCCAGUUCACCUGAACUUUACCUGAACUUUUAUCUGAAGUUUAGACUGUUUGAAAAGGAGAAACAUCGACUGGAGCGGCUCCACGAACCUCCACAGGACUGCUUUUAAUAUCCGGACUCUAAGUGGAAAUUUCUGGAGUGGAUUUGGAGCAGAAGAUGUCAGAGUAGAAGGUCUGAACCCUGCCUGAUCCUGCCUGGUUCAGCAGACCUGCUCAGGAAGUCAUGGAGGCGGUCAGCGGGUGGAGCCCGCAGCAGGUGGAGGACUGGAUGAGAGGUCUGGACGACUGUCUGCAGCAGUACAUCCCGUCCUUCCAGCAGCAGCAGGUGGACGGCGAGAAGCUGCUGAGGAUGAGCCACCAGGAGCUGCUGGCGCUGGGCAUGGCGCGGGUCGGACACCAGGAGCUGCUUCUGGAGGCUGUGGACCUGCUCUGCUCUCUGAACCACGGCGUGGAGUCCGACUGUCUGAAGACCCUGGUGGGUAAAAUGAGGACGGCGCAUCACAACCUGAGCAGCGCCGUGGCGCAGCGCAGGAAGAACCCGGCCUACCAGAGCAAGAGCUCCCAUCAGCCCUCCAACGAGUUCCUGAGCGCCGUGGUGGAGCUGAUUGCCGCCGCCAAGAGCCUGCUGGCCUGGUUGGACAGGUCUCCUCUGACGGGCUCCGGCGACUUCACGUCCACCCGAGGAAGGAUCAUCCAGCUGUGCCUUGAGCUGACCUCCACCGUGCAGAAGGACUGCACCAUGUACGAGAUGGAGGAGAAGAUUCUGGAGGUGUCUCAGGCUCUGAACGCCGUCUGUGAGAAGACCGUCCAGGCCGCCGCCGUCCCCUCAACGGCGGAGACGUCCUGCCUGGAGGAGGUCCUCAUCACCGACGUGAAGCCUGGAGAAGGACUGGGAAUCUACAUCAAAUCCACCUACGAUGGACUCCACGUCAUCACAGGAACCACAGAGAACUCUCCUGCAGAUAAAACCCAGAGGAUCCACGCUGGAGAUGAAGUCAUCCAGGUCAACAAGCAGACUGUGGUGGGCUGGCAGCUCAAAUACUUGGUGGAGAAGAUGAGGGCGGAGUCUGGAAGCAUCACCCUGGUUCUGAAGAAGAGGCCGUCAGGAACAUCUGGAAUAGCAGCCGCUCCGCUCAAAAACCUGCGCUGGAGACCGCCGCUCGUACAGACAUCUCAGGGCCCUCCGGGUUUCUACAGAUCUCCACAACCCACAGAAGCUCCAGGGAGGACCUCCAUCUUGGAUCUCUACAUCCCUCCUCCUCCAGCAGCUCCAUACGUCCCUCUGGAAAAGAACAUCUCCUCAGUCGUGAAAACCCAAACCGUAUCGCCAAACUCGUCUCUGGAUGCAGAUGUUCACCGAAACCUGGCUGAGGAUGGUCCUCCUGAAGUCAAGCAGCCGGUCCCAAUCCGGCUGAGGCAGCGUUCCGCUCCACACGGCAAACCUCGGCCCAUCUCGCUGCCGGUGGACUCCAUCCUCGGCGUUUCCGGGUCUUCCUCCAAACGCAGAACUCAGGGAAGGAAAGGUAAAGACGACCUGCACAGGUACAUGAGCAACGAGCGGAUCAGCGCCAUUACCGAGGAGGAGCCGUGCUUCCCUGUGCCGUACCGAGGACACCCGUCGGCCCGCGGCGUCGACCACAUCAGAGGCAGCCAGUGCUUCGUCAGCCCCGACCUGCACAGCAGCGCCACCAUCCCUUACCAGGAAGCAGCCGCCAAGAAGGCACCUGCCGCUCCGGCUGCUCCUGCGGCUCCGGCCGGGUCCAAACCGUCACGCUCUCUGCUGGGAGGCUGGCUGGCUCGUCUCAGGAUGCUCAGUCACUGAGGAGGAAGGAUCCAGGUCCCAUCGUUUAAAGUCUCAGCAUGGCCGCCGGGUCGGAACACGGCAGGGUUGGAGUUGCCUUCCUCCUUGUUGGUACCUUUAAUGUUCUGCUGGAGGGGAGCAGAGCCUUCAGACGUCCUGGACGGGUUUCUGCUGGGUUCUAAUCCGUCCUUUGACCUCAUCGUUUCUAUUCCCUGAAGCUUCAGUUCUGUCCUGCAGCUCUAUGGUGUGGCGGUGCUUCCUGCACCCAGAACCAAAGCUGCUUCCUGGCUGCUGCUGGAAGAGCGGCCCGGUCUGAAGGUCUUCCAGCUGACGGACCUCCGAAAAAAAACACGAUGCUCCGGAUCAGCAGAACAUCAGCUGCUUCCUGCCACCUCUGCUCUGGGACUCAUGUUUCAGACUGUGAUGCUCAGAGGUGUUCCUCAGGGAGCUUUAUUGGUUUGAAUGUUUUAGUUCUGAUGAGAAGAACAUUUGUUUAAAGCAGGGAAACUGAAACU